CCUGGUACAUUAGCUUUCUCACUGUCUAAACUAUCAUCCUGCCGAUUCAUCUCAACCUAGGUACCCAGUUUCGCACCAAAGCAUUGACAGAAGCAUUUAACAGCACACCUGCUAUCUUGGGUCAUUCACAACCUCUCGUUGCCACGCUACUCGGCCUCCAGAUAAAAACCACAACGCAAGCUUUUGACCAAACACUCUGUCGUCAUAAUCAGGAUGGAGCCUCGAGCUCGCGCCGGCAAGAAUGUCGGCAAGAUGAACUUCGGCCACAACGAGCUGGCCCAGCUCCUCUACGCACACGGCGACGUGCGCGCGCCGCUCAGCGAGACGGUGCGCGUGCUGGACGAGAUCGUGACCGAGUUCAUUCAGAAUGUCAGCUUCGAGGCGAUGCGGGUGGCCAAUCACGCGGGCCGCCAGAAGGUCAAGUUCGAGGACUUUGAGUUCGCCAUGCGGCGGAACCCGGUGUACAUGGGCAAGAUCCAGGAGACGUUCGAGAAGAAGAGGGAGAUCGAGGCGGCCAGGAAGAACUUCAGCAUCGAGGAUCAGCUGAUGAAGGAUGCGGAUAAGGAAGAGAAGGCGGCCGAGAAGGAGAGGGGGAAGGGGGCCGAGGGGAAGAGGGGGCGCAAGUCCGUGUCGUCGCAGAUGCAGAUCGGUGAGGAUGAUUUGGAUGACGUGGAUGAUGAUCUGGAGGAAGCUGGGGGUUCGAGUAGGAGGAAGUAA